CAGUAGAGAAAGAGGGAAGGAAAAAAGCCAGAUAAAGACAUAGGAGAGUACCAUCAGCAUUGCUCAGCACAGGAAAUAUCUGAUUCACCACAGUGUCUUUAGAAGAAAAACAAGAGGCAGAAUGACUCUUGCAGCAUACAGAGACAAGAUGCGGGAGCUCCCUCUGGCGUCCAUCUUCUGUUCCUGCAUCCUACCUGAACCCAAAGAAAAGCCCACCAAGAAAGAAGGUGUGGUGGACCUGAACCUGUGCAUCAUCAGGGAUAUGGAGGUGAUUGAGCUGAACAAGAGAAGGUCCGGCCAGGCCUUCGAGGUCAUCCUGAAGCCACCCUCAUUCGACGGGGGUCCGAACACCUUCGCCAUCACACCCCCACGCAGGGAGCCCUCCCUGGAGGAGAUCCAGAGGAAGCUGGACGCCGCGGAGGAGAGGAGAAAGUGCCAGGAGGCUGAGCUGCUGAAGCACUUGGCAGAAAAGCGGGAACAUGAGCGCGAGGUGGCCCAGAAGGCCCUGGAGGAACACAACAGCUUUAUCCGGCUGGCCAAGGAGCGGCUGGAGCUGCGCAUGGAGCACAACAAGGAGAAACGGGAGGCACACCUGGCCGCCAUGCUGGAACGCCUGCAGGAGAAGGACAAGCACGCUGUGGAGGUGAGGAAAAACAGAGAGCACAAGGAGGAGAGCGGGUAGAGAGAGAGAUGGAGAGAGAGCGUGGGGCCUCUGUUUUGUUGAGUGAGAAAAGGACAGAAGAGAAAAUACAACAAAAAAAGACAGUUUCUUAAAAUGGAAAUGGGAUUUGUUUGACAGAUGAGAAUUCACAGUGAUGGAAUAGGAGGUGUGCAUACAAUCGUUUUGUGCUUAUAAGUCAACAAAAGCAAAAAAUGGAAGUUGGUUAUUUUCAGAGCAGGCAGAGGUGGUUUCCUCAGAGCAAUGGUGGAGAGACAGAAAAUCAAGUUGUAGUUUUGUAGUGCCCUUGAGUGUAGCGGAGUAUAACAGAGCUAUGCACAAUUUAUAAACCACACUGAGUGGAUAUUGGCACAUUUUGUAGGCUUGGCAUUUAUAAUAGACCAUGAACCCAGGACUCCCUGGAAAACAGUGGAAAUUGUAACUUGAUGGACUAUCCUGGCAAAAUAAAAUGAAAAUAAAAUACAAUUAAUACAUAAUUAUUUGCAAGAAAUUGAAAUAUAUUCUGAUCAAUAAAAUCACUGACACACAUACUUAAAUUUAAAGCAUUCUACACAUCAUACUGGAUCUUACUUUUCACCAGUGUGUUGAUAUUUUGUACAGAUGUAGGAUCUUAAUUUGAUCACUCUUUUGUUGCUGAGAAUUUACAUUAAAAUAAGGGUUUUUAAGGAGAAUAUUCUCUCUCUGCAGUAGUGAAAGAUAUAGGCAUGGUAUGGAAUAAAUAUAUGAAUGAACUCAGCUGACUUGCAUAAUACAGUACUUACUAGGAGCAGAAAAAUAAGUUAUUGCCUCUGACAUUUUUCUUAGAGGUUGAUGUUUUAGUUAACUAAAACUCCUAGUAAUGUAUUAUGCAAGCUAAAACAUGCUGAAAUGCAAACUUGAGAUGUAUUUGAGUUUUAAAAGGCUUCUAAAUUUUGUAAUUUCCACUUUGAAAUGUCAGACUUGAUUUGCCCUAAUGAAAAAUGUAUCAACCCCCACAAAAUCUCUAUGCAUUAUAAUCACAUUAAUUAUAAUCACAUUUCCUGUUGCUGCAGGAUUAUUUUCCUCUUGUGGCAAACUAAGAUCCUACAUCUGUACUGCUAGUUUCUUUGUAUGUUUUCAGACAUAGUAGUUGUGAUUAGUUGUAGAAUAGACUGUGUUGCACAUAUAUGUACUACUUACAGAUGUAUGUGAUAUGUCACUCAAUAUCAAUUAAAAAAGUAAAAGUCA